AUGAGCAAUUCUCCAUCGUCAACACAUCUACUUGCUAAUAACGAUCAGAAAGAAUCUGAUAUUGUUCGAAAUAAUGCCAAUUAUUCAGCAACUGCAUCUAAUAUUAACUAUGAUAAUAAUUCAUCUCCUCUCAACAAUGUACAAAAUGUUGACAAAGGUAUGACUAGUACAUUAUUAUUAGCUGUUUUCGCAGCUGUUAGUGGCACUGCUUUUCAUUUCGGUUAUGCAUCUGGUGUUAUGAAUUCUCCACAAGAUUUUAUUCAACAAUUUAUUAAUGAAACAAAUCAUAGAAGAAAUAAUGAGACACAAAUCAGUGAUUCAACUGUGACAUUGAUCUUUUCAUUUGCUGUAUCUAUUUUUGCUCUUGGCGGUAUGUUAGGUGGUUUGUUCGGUGGUUUCGUUACUGAACGAUUAGGACGAAAAGGUGGAAUGUUUUAUAAUAACAUAGUGUCUUUUCUUGCUUGUAUAUUAAUGUUUAUGUCAAAACCUUUUUAUUCAUAUGAACUUUUAAUUAUUGGACGAUUUUUUCUUGGACUUGCUUGUGGUUAUGGUUCAUCCGUAGCUCCAACUUAUAUAAAUGAAGUAUCUCCUAUGAAUCUACGUGGUACAUUAGGAGCUUCAUUUCAAUUAGGAGUUGUUCUUCUACUUUUUGUUUCACAAGUAAUUAGUUUAAAACCAAUAUUGGGUUCUGAAACUACAUGGCAUUAUGCUUUAGGUUUACCAAUUGUACUUAGUGUUUUACAAGUAAUCUUACUUUGUUUUGUACCAGAAAGUCCAAAGUAUUUAUUAAUUAAAAAAAAUAAUUCAGUUGAAGCUGAAAAAGGUUCGUUUAUUUUUUUUUAUAAUAGAAGAAAAAUUACAGUGCUUGAUUAA